UCCCGCUGCUUGCCCCGGCGCACUCGGGGACCAUGGGAUGCUGCACCGGACGCUGCACCUUGAUUUUCCUCUGCACUUUGCAGCUGCUUGCUGCAUUAGAGAGGCAAGUGUUCGAUUUCCUGGGAUACCAGUGGGCCCCCAUCCUCGCCAACUUCCUCCACAUCAUCAUUGUUAUCCUUGGCCUGUUUGGCACCAUUCAGUACAGACCUCGCUACAUAGUGGUGUAUGCCAUCUGGACUGCAGUUUGGGUCACCUGGAAUAUUUUCAUCAUCUGUUUUUACUUAGAAGUAGGAGGGCUCUCAAAGGACAGUGAGCUCUUGACGUUUAACAUCUCCCGGCACCAGUCGUGGUGGAGUGAAAACGGUCCUGGCUGUGUAAGGAAGGAGGCUUCAAUGUCUGGCAUCGCAGGACUGGACAGCCACUCCUAUAUCUCUGUGAUAGGCUGUGCCCUGGAGUAUCGGUACAUUGAGGUCAUGCACAGCUCCUUCCAGAUCCUGAUUGCGCUGGUGGGUUUUGUCUACGCCUGUUACGUUGUUAGUGUUUUUACAGAAGAAGAAGACAGCUUUGAUUUCAUUGGUGGAUUUGAUCCAUUUCCUCUCUACCAUGUCAAUGAAAAACCCACCAACCUUUUGUUCAAGCAGACAUACCUGUAGACUUCCCUCCCAAACAAAAAAUAAAAUAAAAAUUGCUGACUAUCAACCUGAAGCUGCAUGUUUAAAGAGGCCUGCAUAAAUGAGGAGGAGCCAGAGGAUGGAUAAAUCUUGCACUCCAAAGGUGCUGCAGGAAAUAAUCCCCUGUGGCCUGGGUCUAUGGCAGAGGAAAUGCAGGAUGGUGAACUCCAUUCCAUUUUUUGUUCCUUGUCUUCUUUUCAAAUGAAAUGAAUGUACAUUGAAGGAUGACCACACAGUCUGUUCUUAACUCUACAAGUGCCCUGACGAACCAUUCCUGCCACAGUAGGUGGUUCUAGCCAAAUGGCACAGACUGAACAUCCUCAGGCAGAAGUUCACUAGGAGCCUGUCUCAAGAGAUGCAGGAGAAGUCGGAGCUGCUUCCUUCCACCAUGGAUCCACAGAGAAGGAAACACUGCAACACCCUGGGACAUCUCGUAUGUUUUGUAGUUAGUUUCUUCCCUCUUUCCUCAGUUCUGGAAAGAGCCUAAAUCCCCUUAAUACAACUUCAACUUUUCCCUGCCUGUAUAAAACAAGGCAAGGGCUAUUUGAGUUUAGGCUCUUACACACCUCACUUUUUUUUUUUAUAAUGUUGUAGAUAAGGGAUCUUCCCUUUCUCCCCUUUAUCCAAGACUCCCUCAUUCUCUAUUCCUUACUACUAAGAAAUUUGGCUUGGAUUCUAACAUUGUGAUUUAACUACUACAAAUGCUGAACAGACUAAAAAAAAGAAUUAGUACAGUUGCCAAAUCUGUACUUGGUAUGGAACUUAAACCCAUUGCAACAUGCCAAACUUACAGCAGCUAGAGCCUACUCUGGAUUUGUCUACCCACAUUAAGUUACUGGUAUAGCUAUGUGCACAACUGAUACCUGCUGCAGGACACUGGAAGAUGCCUAGUUCCUCGUGGAUCAUGUUUUUGUACCUGCUUUCUUUGCCAAGCAGCCACACUUACUCCAGGCACAGGUCCAACAGCUUCCAGCUGGAAGGUAUUUUUAUGACAGGAUAAUUUUGAGGGGAGGGAGUGGGGAGGAAGGAAGGGGCAAUAGAACUGUAAUAAAGUUGCAUUAAUAAGCUGCAGCAAAUAAUUAAAAAGAAAAAAAAAAACAGCAUCCUUUUUGUUAGUUACAUCUCCCAGGAUGUUAAGCAUCAAGCAGGGAAGAGAGUGCUUGUCUGCCAUCCGUGGCUUUCUUUGGCUGAAGCAUUCCACAAGCCAUUGUAAUUCUCUGUAUUGUCUAGUCUAAGACCAUUUGGGAUUCUUGAAUAAUGCUUUACAAAAGAGCCAAGCCAGAAGCCAUGCUAGGGAAACAAAGUGCAAGGAAGUGAUUAAAAAAUAAAAAUAUUAAGUGCUGAAAGUCAAAGA